AUGAGCAAACUAUUAAAAGUCCACACUGAGUGGUUAGACUCCAUUGGUUAUUCGCCAUAUGUGUGGCUUCGAGGGGAUUGGCAUCAACCUCUACAUUUGUUAUCGAAAUUGCUUGCUGUCCAGCUGAAGGAAAGAAGGCCCCCAAACUCUGGUGAUGAUGUUGCGUUCAAAAUUGGAUUUAACGCGAUGCUUCAACUCGCCGAGGAAACAUUGGGGAUUCCUUGUCUUAUUACGGAAAAAGAUCUGAUGAUCAAAUAUCCUAAUAUUAUGCUUGCGAUGCUUGUCUAUCUCAUCUGUGUCAAGCAUUCCGUGGAUUCUAUUGAACCAAAGACACUGCGUAAUGUUGUAGCUCCGAAACUAGUUUUCGAAGCCAGAAAUGGUGGUGAUGCUCAAUUUCCGAGAUGUGCCUCAUGCCACGAGCAUGUGUUUAUUGUUGAACGGGUCAUCGUCGAGGCCGUAGUUUGGCACCGACAAUGUUUCAAAUGUGUUGAAUGCAAUGCUAUGAUGAGAACGGGAGGAUUUAAAAAGGGCAGAAAGGGGUAUGAGUGCGUUAGUCAUGCCGUUCGACGUAUUUUAGAUUCAUCAGAGGAAAAAAAGAGUUCUCGGCCGAAAAUUGCUCCUCCCGCCGUGCCGCAAGCAAAUCCUCCAAAUGCUGAGAUGAACAACAAGAAAGAUGUGAAUUCGGGACCACCUCCAAUUUCGCCUAAGCCCAAGUUGAUUGUUGAAAGUAAAUCUAAGCCCACUCCACCUCCUAAGCCUAUGGGAUUGUCUCCUAAGGACUCGAAAUCGUCUGUUGUUAGGAAAGACGUCAAGACUGCAUUGGCUUCGCAUGAGUACGAGGACAUAUCCGUUUGCUCGGAGAAUUCCGGAGAUUCUGGAAUAGUGGUGAGGACCCAGAAUCUUUUUGUCGACACAGAUUCGGAAGGCUAUCAGUUCGUUUCGCACACAUCUACAACGCCAUUGCUUUCUUUACCAUCGGAUGAUCAGAAUACACCUGUGGCUCCACCUCGUCCAAAGCGUGCUUCUCUAUUGCUAAGUGCAGGAACAACACCAGCUCGUUCUUUAAAUUUGUCGAGCGCUUCGACUCCAGCAACAAAAUGCACUUCAGUUCCUUAUUGUUCGAGUUCCACUAAGCUAAUUGAAUCGGACUCUCGAUCAAAUUCGUCCAGUUUUCUUGUUGAGGAUUAUCCAGAUGAUUUGUGCCCUUUCGGAGAAACUGACGACGAUAGUGAAUACGAUGAGUCGAAAAAUCCUUUCGCUGAUAGUGAUGAUGAGAGCAAUAUAUCUGUUGCUAUCCCUGCACCAAGGACAGUAACUCCGUCCUCUCUACCCGGAGAGUCAGAUCGACCGAAAUGCACCCCUCCGCCACCACCAUUGUUGUCCAUCAGCCCUGAAGAGAAUAAAAGGAAAUCAUUCAUUGGCGACGAGAAAUUCCGUACAUUGAAGAUUUCCAGAAAAUCUGUUCGCGCUCCUGUUCCACCAACUGUUAGCAGGAGAAAGAUUAUGUUCACGAACCACAAAAAUUUGGGAGAUACUACUGAGAUUGAGAAGAAACUUGAAACGCUGGAUGACGACUUGGCGAAAAUAGUGCGAGAAGGAAAACAACUAGAAGUGGAAAUGCUGUUCUUAAUCACCCAAAAUCCUAGUGGUUGGCUCAAGAUGCCGAGGACUGAAGAGUUUAUCAAGGUAAUGUGCCAGUAUUUGGAUGCGUUGAGAGAAAGCAGUUUUCUACAGUACAUGUGGCGGGAAGCGUUUCUUAAUGAAAUCCAUUCGGAAACGGAAUAUUAUCUCCGAUGUAUAGUUGAGAAAGGAGCUCAAGAUGACGAUUCGAUAGAGCGCGAAAAGCAGCUCACAAAUCUUCUGAUAUUUAUUAUCGAUGAGAAAGCGAAGUUAUCCGAAGAAAACAUCGAGGAUCUUCCUCCAGAUUCUUCUGUGGUCAAGAAACGGGAGUUGAAGAAGCGCAAGCUCAAACUGCGCAUCAAACUCCUGUCGAAAAAGAAAUAG